AUGGAACGGGUGAGUUCGUCGACCAUCUUUCAAAAGAAAUAUUUUGUUGAACGAUUCAACGUGUUUUACGACGAAAACAAAGCAAAAGAAGACAAACGAAAACGACUGAAACGCAAAACUAAGGAACAAGGAAUCAACGGUGUCACCCCAGCUAUACAAACAGAAGUGCCACAUUCAAUCCAUUUGAAAGAGAAAGAAAACAAACAAUACUCACAAUUUCGGGUGUUGACGGAUGUCCCAGAAAUUCUUCUUCAAUUUUGUGAUGUGAUCAGCGAUUUUGUACAACAGUUGGACGACGAAGACAAUCAACAUAUCUCAAAUUACGAAUAUAGUCAUAAGCGAUUGAAUCGAUUGAUUAAAGUGUAUAAUAUUGCGACCAACAUGACGUCCACGGAAAAUUUCAAUUUUACUGUCGAUCAAUUGUAUGGAGAUAUGACGGUGAAAGAUAUGGUUUUUGGACUGAUAAAUUUGGGUUUGAAGAUCAAAGAUGAAAUGGUUGUUACUCAAUCUCUUCGCAAGAAUAUUGCAAAGUUUUUAGAAGGUGUUGCGUACUUGAUUGCAUUCUAUGAUAUGACAGCUGAGAUGAUAGAAUUUGUUAUCUAUUUUGCACAUUUGUUGGUAUGUGAUACAAACAUUAAAAUGAUCACUAUCGGAGGGAAUAUCGUGUUCUCUUACGUACAAGGGUUGAAGGCAGCAGGCAAAAUUACUCAGUUUUUAAAUGAUGUGAAUAUAUCGAGUACCAUAUUAUUCGAAUAUAGUGCAGAUGUUUUACUCAAUUUAAUGAACAAUGUAUGUGCAGACGAAAUGUUUGAAGUUCUCUAUAUUGUGUCUUAUGAGUUUAAAAGCAAUUUCAAAGAUACCGUGUUUAAUAUGGGAUUUAAGAUCAAUUCAAUUGAUAACAAAAAUCAAUUUAAAACGGUGUUAUCAGAUGUUGAAAAAGAUUUACAAACGUCUACGAAAUUGGAUUGGAAACGAAAAUUAUUUUCAGUGGCAAAAUCGGCACGAAACUCGUAUUAUGGUCUUAUUUGUAACAAUUUCGAUGAUGAUGACGAUGAUGAUUAUGAUGAUGACUUGAAAGAGAAUAUACCAGAAAAAUACGUAAUUGUUGACGAAUUAUAUUGA